CCGGCAACAUAAAGUCACGCACCCUAAUCAUUUUUCUACUGCUACACACGCACAAACACCCAAACACCCCAAAUGUCCACUGCCCAAGAACCGCCUAUAGACAACCGGGGACAACCGCCAUCCACUCUCCACCGCGCAAAAGUCAACGCCGCCUACCUCUUAUACGGCUCCAAAGCCGCCGUCGCCCCGGCUUCGCUUACCACGCGCUCCGCAUUAACGACCACUCGCUACGUCCUGCGCUAUGUGGUGAGGAGGUUACUGCGGUAUACCAAGUAUGCCCUGAUAGGCGGCUGUUUGGCCGCGGUCGGUGGCGGGGUGUUGGGCACGAUAGGGAGUGGUUUGGCUUUCUUUGCGGCGCCUAGUAUAGGUGUGGGUAUGGGCAUUGGGGUGAUCGCUGCGGUACUCAGGUUUGGCUGGCGUCAUCGCGGAAAUCAUUUAAGGGGAGGGAUAUGGGAAGGAUGGCAAGGCAUGAAGACACGGGCGCAGCAGGGUAAGGACGGAGCAGAAGACGAAGAACUCGACGCAACCUCGGCGGAAGAAGAAGAGCUCGAAGCGGAGAAUAGGGCUACAAGACGAGAUGUCUGGAUGAGAGUCUAGGUUUUUGUAUAUCCCCCCAAGAUGUAGCGAUUAGUCAAUCGAAAAAAUCCCGGGAAUCGCAUGAAUGAUCAACGGCUG